UAAUAGUGACCAGUAGUAGGAUAAAAAGAUAGAUACUAAUGGUAAUGGAAAUCAAUAGUCAAUGAACAGCAGCAUAGGUGUGAGGGGGAGCAGUAAUUGUGUAACCCGUAAAUUGUGGACAUGCAAAUUGCCUUUCAUGUCUAUGUCUAUUAAAUACCUGUAUUCUACCCUACUAUAGUAGUCUAUAAUGAAUCAUAUCAUAAGGAAUCAUUCUCUCAUAUUAGGUGAGAGGCAAACUUUUGGAACCUCAUCCAUCAUGACAAUUACGACAUUAAAAGCAGAAAAACAAACUGCAUUGCUCCCAUUAGUCUUAUUAAUGCAGACACAUCACAUUUUGAUGCCUUGUUUUUUUAAGCUGUAGGCCUAGUUACACAAUUGAGGAGUAUCCUCCUUAUUGCCCAAGGCUUCAGAGCAGGUCCUCUAAUUCAUCUUGUCAUGACCUGGAAAUUUCUCAUCUUGUGUUCCUGGACAUACACUUCUGAUCGUAAUAGCUUGGGAGGACGAAGUUAGGGAAUUCCAGCUUUUGGAAAAACAGAACUCCUCCCUGGUCUGAGUGGAAUAUAAGAACAAGCUGCAGACCACAAACCAACACGAAACACAAGGGGGUUCAAACUGCCUGACUGACUAACUAACUAAGGAGCUAGAAGUUUGUCGCAUCUGCAAGUAUGAAGCUGCUUCUAGCUGGACUUGUUCUGACCCUUAUUGUGGGGGCUCAAGCUCAGUGGUACCACUUCCCUGGUGAAGCUGCUCGAGGUGCUAAAGACAUGUGGCGUGCAUAUGACGACAUGAAGGACGCCAACUGGAAAAACUCAGACAAGUACUUUCACGCUCGGGGCAACUAUGAUGCUGCCAGGAGAGGACCAGGGGGCAGGUGGGCAGCAACAGUCAUCAGUYAUGGCCGGGAGAMGGUUCAGGGUUCCAGUGGUCGAGGACACGAGGACUCAGCAGCUGACCAGSAGGCUAACCGCUGGGGACGUAAUGGAGGGGACCCCAACCGCUACAGACCCAAUGGACUCCCAAGGAAAUACUGAACCUAAAWAAAAGGAGGUUACUAGCCAAACUGAAGGACCACAUUCCAAACAAACAUAUUGCACCUAAUUACUGCUUUUGGUAAAAAUGUCAUAUUCUCAAAAAUUAUUUUGCCCAAAUGUUCUGCUAAUAGACAGGUACAUGGUACUGAAACUUAGUAUACAAUGUAUUUCAAAAGUGUUGCAAAAAUAAAGUGAUUACACAACCAGA